GACACAACAUUACCUCAAAGGGACAUAUCGACUACAAAAAACACAAAUCAACCACAAGGACACACAAAAUUACUAAAAAGACACAAAAAAUAAACAAACAAAAAAAGACACAAAUAUACCCUAAAGAAACACAAAACUAUACCCCUAAGAGACACAACAUUACCUCAAAGCAACACGAAACAAUUACAAAGACACACAAAAUGACCAAAAAAGACAUCAAAUUACCACACAGAUACACAAAACCAUAACGUGAUGCUGUCAGUAACAAAGAGGUGCAAAACAACAACAGCAAACAGAGACAAAGCCAAAGCAGAUGAGAGGUGGUGGUGGGGCCUUUAAGGUGUCUGUACCCAGGGACCCAUUGUCUCAUUAUCCGCCCAUGAUUGUUAAUAUAUAUUUUGGGUUGGAUCCAUAAUUACACUCUUUGGCACGGAGCCCCUGAAAGCAGCACAGCAGCACCUGGCUCCACUCCCACUCUGAGACACACGGGCUCGUGCACAGGUGCUUCCAGGCUGCCUGACAGUCAUCACCGUGUCCAAUUAACGCCACGGCAACAUCCCUCCAACAAAAGUUGCCGGGGGUGGGUCCAGAGAGGCAACCCCUGCCUGCAGUUACGCGUGGAUACCCCUUUAAAAGGCUCACCAUGUUGCCAUCACAUGCUCCAGCACUGAAGUAGGAUGUUCUUGUUGUUGUUGUUAUGUAAAAUGUUUCUGAUACAGUCGGACUUUUGCUGAGGAUCUCUACACUUUGUGCAGCAGGAGGGGGUCCUGCCCACCCCCAGUGUGUCAGUCAGGCAUGUUGUGCUGCUAGUUGUUGUUCAGCAGCAACACACACACACACAUACACACACCCCAACAGACUGGUGCGCAAACUGAAAGCUGCGUACACUCUUAAUGCCAAGUGACGGAUAUAAGCGACGUGUGUGCGGACUCUCCAGCAGCAGCACUCCGGGGGCUCUGCAGCCGUGGAUGGGAUCUAAAAACAUCCUGGAAGGAGAGGAGAGUUGUUUGCUCCGUCUCUCCUCCUCCCGUCGAUAUUUCAGAGGUUCCCCUCGAGUGGAGUGGCGGAACAUCGGCGACAUUGGUGUUUAUUUCCUCUAGUUGAGCUGCAUCGGUUAACCAGUCGGACUUGCCUUACCUAGUCAUUUGGAAAACAAGGUGCCCUGACUGGCUCCUCGCGCCAGUGGAAACCAGACGAGAUAGUGCCCGCCACACACACACACACACGGAGAGAGAGAGCUACGGUACGGCCCCGUGGAGAAGCAUGUGAUGACUCACGCAAGGCAGAAGGGUUCCCUGAGGCAGAGCGACAGUAGUGCUGAGUGGUGGGACAACUCCCCUCUUUGGCCACAUGGUGGCACUAUGGGCGACGCCUGGCCUGAGCGCACACUGCGAUUCGGGAGGACAAAGAAGAUAAGUGAGAUCAUCAAACAAAGGAAAGACAUGGCCAAGAGGGUGAAAGACAAAAGAGGGAGGACGGAAAAAUCAGAUCAGCACAGAAAACUCGACCGGAGGCGUGACAAGAAACGGGACAGGAAGUUGUAUCCUUUGCGCGGGAGGGCUGGAGGUUCAGAUGGGGAGGGGCUCAGCUGUCACGUCCUGCUCACCCGUUUGGAGGAAAGCAUCCGUGAUCAAGAAAGGUCUGAAGAAAGGGUACGAAAGGACGCACGCAGACAUUUAACUCUCAAACCCAAACCCAGAAAAGGGAAAAGCAGUGAAAGAAAAGAGGUGAAGUCAUUACCAAAAACCAAAUCAAAGUCAAACAGCCCAAGUCGUGGCGAGUGUAUUCAUGUCCCACAACCUCGCAAGCGCAGACUGGCCUCUCUCAAUGCCGAGGCGGUGAACACUCUGCUGCUUGAAAGAGCUACUGACCCUCAGGCGGCAGCUAAACAGGCCAGGAGACAGGAAGAGCCCACGAAUGGAGGGAUAUCUCUGGAUACAAAUCCAACCAGGAGUGGCAUCCCUGGAGGUCUAAAGGCUUCACGAGGAAACAUCACCAGAGCCUCCAUGUCUCACAAACUUGAACUGUGCCAAAGCUCUAAGCAGGUCAAGAAGGCCAAAGCCAGCCGGGCAGAGAGCGGGGGGAUGAGUCAUGAGAGUCUGGACGCCCCCGCCCCCAGAAGACUGGCUGGACUCAACGCUGCAGCCCUGCUGAAAUUAACCAGCUCCUCUGCGACCAGUAAGCAGAGAGUAAAAGCUGCACCCACAGCUACUGUCACGUCAGACUGCAAGGCUCCUGCCUCAACCCCAAAACAGCACUCCAGAGUCAAACUCAGAGACAAGGGGCGCUCACAGAAGCAGAAGAAAAAGACCCCUCCCCUGCACAGUGGCUGCACAGCCUGCAGAAAGAAGGCGGACUUUGAGGCCAAAGUGGAGUGGGAGACCGGCAGCUGCACCCAUCGACUGACCAAACCAGGCUACCAGUCGCGCAGCAUGCUAGCAUACCCACUAAAGCAAGUGAAGGAGGAGCAGCUGGAGACCGAACUGAGCCCAUACUACUGCUGUCCCCCAGAGGGCUCAGUGGAAUACUGCCACCGCUUGGCCUUCUUCCUGGGCCAGCAGCCCUACACAGAAUCAGACGAUCAGCCACUCAACUCAGCCAUGACCCCUGUGAAGCGCGAGUGCCUCGUAACCUCACCUUCCCUGACGCAUUCCCACCCGCACACAGCCCUGACCCUCGGCCCCCACCCUUGCCUCUGCACCGCCGACCACUGCUUCUCCAGCUACUACGUUCACAUCGCCCACCCAACACACACUGGAACAACGUCAGCAGGCCUGGCCUCGCGGCCUCUGAACUUUGCACCCCCCAGUUUAUGCCCUAAUCGGAUGACUGGCUCCAAGCUGCUGGAUCCGCGGGUGUCUCACAGCUCAGGGCUGGCCCACCCCGCCUACUGCAACUCGGUGGCUUCACCCUGUUACAGUGACACCUGCGGGAUCGGUGGCUACACCUAUAGAGCGAUGCCUCCUGUCACCAGCAGGGGUUGUUCUUACAGCACAGGAUGCACUGGAUGCACACACAGCAUCAAAACAGAGGGUUACUCCUCCCCUCAGGGUGACCACAGCCCCUCCCUCCUGGUUCCCCCGUCCCUACCCAUCUCCAGUUGCCCUCUAUCCAGCGUGCCCACAUCCACCCAGACCAAACCCCACCUGCUGACCCCCCUGUCAGGGCGAGACCAGCCCCAGGCCAGGUUAAAGCUGGCCACAGAAUGCCCGCAGAGCAACGAGCCCUCCAACGGCUCCCUGUCCAUGGGCCGCACACGGCUGCCCCAGAAACAGUCGUCGGCCCUGCCAAGCCUCAGUGGCACCAAACAGAAGAGAGUGACUCGCAGACGUGCCACCAACGGCUGGCGGCCUGUUGGAAUGCCCACGGAGAGGGAGGUCUUCAUUGCGGGAGAGGAUGAGACGGCCCUGCGGCAGUGUUAUGAAGGAGUGGAGAGGGACGGUGAAGUGAUACACGUCAGAGACACUGUGCUGCUACGAUCGGGCCCCAGGAAGAAAUCCCUCCCAUAUGUUGCUAAGAUAUCAGCGCUGUGGGAGGACCCCAAAACAGGAGAGCUGAUGAUGAGUCUUUUCUGGUACUACCGACCUGAGCACACACAGGGAGGCCGAGAUCCCAGCACACACUGUGAGAAUGAGAUUUUCGCCUCUCGGCAUCAGGAUGAAAAUAGUGUGGCCUGCAUAGAAGACAGAUGCUACGUUCUCCCACUAGCCCAGUACUGUAGAUUUUGUGCCUUGGUGAAGCGGCGUGCCGAAGGUGCCCCACCUGGCAGCGCCAGCAUGGUGCCCUGCCGCCCCGACUUCGCCCCCCCUUCCCACCGCUGUGUGCCCACAGACGUCGACCCUGAGCUGGUGUAUCUCUGCCGGCACGUCUAUGACUUCCGUUACGGACGCAUCCUGAAGAACCUGCAGUAGAGGGUAGAAGGGGUGUGGCUCCCGUGAAUUAAUCAUAACAUAGCUCCCCCUCCUGGACAGGGCGGGGGCUGCUGAAGGACUGAACACCCCUGUCUUUUCUGCUGGGGACGCUCACGAUAAGAGGGAAGGGGGAUGAUGGGCUGGUUUCGAGGAGGGACAGAUGAAGCAAAAAGUGACACAUUAUGAAGCACAGAUCCCUUUAGUUGACUACAGAGGGGUCACAAUGCGACAGAUGAAUCCACGUCAGUCAGAGCACCAAUAUUUCCUGGUUUGGAAGAGUGAGGACGGGAGCAUUCAUUCAUCAGCUUGGAUUUUUCAGCUUCCACAACAGUGUGAGGUGACACGGAGGCUUGUGUGCGUCCCCCCUCCCCUCGCCUGCCAGGAAUGCUGAACACCAGGCUGAACUGGGCUACUGUCAGGACCGCGUUUCCCCCAGAGCAUCUUAGCACAACAAUCAUGUUUGUUCCAUUUGUAAGCCAAUGGCUCAGGAAUGGUCCGGCACUAAGGUGCUUCCGGGGGAACACAAGCCUGCGCUGUCAGCUCGAUGUUAACGGUGUUCAACCAGCCGGGGUGAAGGAGCAGCUAAUGGAGAGUGUCGUCUUAUUUCUCCUGAUUUGAGUUUGUCUCAGUCGUGUGUGUUUUGUGCGUGUGAAAGCGAGAGUGGGAGAGCGAGUGUUGUCAGUGUGGAUAAAUGGAUAAAUGUGUGAUGGUUUUUUAGGAGGCUUUCAGGCAAUCAAACCAAACAAGCAGCUUUAGAGGAAGCGGUGCUCCCUUUGCCCGUCCUCUCUCCUGUGUGCCACAGCGCACUGACACUGACAGAAACAUUUUCAUCUCGAGUGAUGCUCUGCGCAAACUAAAAUACUGUAUCUGAAGGGGGUCUGUGAGACAGACCUCCCCUCACCAAACUCGACUCUAGAGCAGGGCUUCUGUUACUUUGGGUCAGGACGCUAAAAAUAAAAUUGAUUCUAUUAGUAAAAACGCACAUUAGACAAAAGCCCCACUGUAUUUUCAAACUUUCAUCUCAGCCACAGUCCUGGCUUGAAGAUGCCCAGCUCUAGAGAGGCUCUUCUAACGGUCCAACAGAGAAAGCUGUUACUGAGGAGCCCUGUGAAGGUUAUUAAGACGAGGGCCAUCGUUCGUCAUUUUCUGUUUGUUUUCCCUCAUUCUUUCACCUUUCCUGUUCCCUGUGACUUGCCUUAUGACUUGCAGGUAGAGCUUCAGGCAGCUAGUCUCACCACACACAACUGGGGAGUGGUAGAACAGAUGUACUGUAAUCCCAAGACAAAGACUGACUGACAGCUGCGACAUGAACACUGGACAAAAUGCAUCGGUUUAGGGCUGCAGCGCAUGAUUGUUUUCAUCAUGAAUUACUACUUUUGGCAAUUAUGUGUCAUAGAAUAGUUUCCCACAGCCUAAGAUGGCUUCUUAACCUACCUUGUUUUGUUCAACUAGCAGUCCAACAGUUAAAUAUAUUCAGAUAUCUGACAUUUAUGACAGAGAAAAGCAUCAAAUCCUCACAUUUGACAAGCUAGGACCAAGAAAAGUUUGACAUUUUUUGCUUUAAAGGGGCAGUUCACCCAAAAAUGAUCAUUUGUAUAUCAGUUACUUACCCUGUGUUUUUUUUAAUUCAUGAAGCAAACAUUAUGUUCCUCACAUGCAUUCAUGGUGAAUGAAGAAUCCAAAAACAGAGAAAAUUAUUAACUAAUUGAAGUCAUAGGGGUCCACGUUUCUGCCGAUAUAGCCCCCUAAAUUACUCAGUCCGUGUUACUUUGAAUUUGUGAAGAAAACUUUGUUUUUAUCACAUGCGUUCAUGGUUAACGAAGAAUCCAAAAACAGAAAAUUCUUGAUGAAGUCAUAGGGGUCAAAACAUCCAACAUACAAACUCUCACAACUUGUGUAGUAUAAUCCAAGUCAUAUGUUCAGGUCUUCCCAAACUAGACGUCACGUUAACUAAAUAUUUUCCAUCAUUGACUGAAUUUUUUUUAACAAUUUUUUUAACUUUGAAGGCCGUUCAUCAUUUUUACAGGUCAGAACACCAACACGGAUCUACUGUAACUUUAAAUAACACGCUACAGACCAUUGCACAAUGUUUCGGCAGCUGAUUGUCUGAAAUGUCUCUGCAUGGUCGAUGUCUCCGUUCAUGUUAUUACUCUCUAGUUAUAAAUGCAUAAUCUGUAAGGUUGUUCUGUAUUCUAAUUAUUAAAAAUGAAAACUAAUGAGUGGAAAUUAAAUGCUAUUAAAUAUGUUUAGCUAUCAUGAAAAAUUUAAUUAAAAUGAGGGGUUAUAAUAGAUUAUGAUGGGAUCGUUUUAAGAGAAAUCUAAUGAAACUUUUGCUAAAGGCUUACUAUUUAAAACAGUGGUUCCCACCUGGUGGGUCAUGGUCCAAAAGUUUGUAAAAAACAUACUUUAUUUUUAAGUGCAGUGAAUUUCCAGCACAGAGAUUUUAUUUAAAAGUGCUCUUUGCUGCUGUAGAGUGAGUGACUAACAGACAGCUACUUCACAGAGACAACAAACUAGCUCGGCAACAUGGCCAAACAAAUCUGGACCCCAUAGCUGGACCAGUUGGGAACCACUGAUUUCAAACACUUCAGCAUUCGAGUAGUGCACCUGAAGAAGGGCAUGCAUUUGAACUCUGCUUGUGAUUGUUUAUGUGGAAGCGAAAAUACAUGGGAUAGGAAAGUAACGAGCAUACAACUGGAUAAAUGAGACUUGGAUUAUACUGCACGUUAUGUGAGCUUGUUACGGAGUAUUAUGAUAUGUGGCCUCCAUUUGCUUCAGUUCAUCAAGAAUUUUCUUCUUUUUUGGAGUCUUCAUUCACAGUUGAGGCAUGUGAAGAAAACAAAGUUAUCUUCAGGAAUUCAACGUAACACAGGGUGAGUAAUUGAUAUACAAAUGAUCAUUUUGUGGUGAACUGUCCCUUUAAGAAGUGACGGAAAUGAUCGUAUAAUCAUUGAAAUAGUUUGCAGAUUAUUUACCAGUCGAUCAGCUGAUGAAAUACUUGAGUCAUUGUUGCAGCUCUAAACUCGUUAAAUACACAGUGCACAUCUCAUGUCAUCGACCUGCUGUGCUCUAGCUGCUCGCGUUGCGGAAAUGUCCAUUCUACCUGCUCUAAUUCUACAUCCACACCAAUUAUUUCCCUCCUCCUCCCUCCUCCCCCUGAAGAUAAACCAAAGGAUGUCACACAAGCCAGAGUCCUCGUCUCCUCCCUCGCACUCCUCCUCAUUGUCAGCACUUCUGCCUUCGUUCCCUUUAUUAUAUUGCACUAAUCCAUUCCUUAAUUACAACAAACGUGUUCACCUUUUUUUUUGUGUGUGUUCCAGCUACUAAUAUCUUACCGGGAGGGGGGGGCCAUACUGUGUGUGUCAUUUAUGUGAGUGUGUGUGUUUUGCAGAGAAGGAAACAGUGAGGAUGUCAUGGCUGCUUUUUGUCAGUGCAAACUGUAUAUUUCUAUUCUUUCACCUGUAGAGGAGUCGGCCAGCGUGUUCGCCAUGUUACCCGAUGCACAACCUGUUGAGUCCCAUGGAAUAUAUACAGUAUAUAUAUAUUACUAGAGUCAUUCCAUUUGAUUUCUGAAUCAGCUCUGACAUACUUAUAUAAAUAUACAGUAUAUAUAUAUAUAUAUGUAUGUAUCCACACUGUUAAUGUGAUUUAGAUUGCAUCUGGACGGAGGCCUGACGCGCUGUGCGGACAAACGUAGCACCAUGUUAGACGUGUAUUUGGAUUGACGGGGGGUGGGAAUGCGUGGGAGGGUGUUCGAUACUUAAUUGAGUGGUGGUGGAUGUCAGACCACACUCUUUCAUUGCCUUUUAACCUGCAAGUGUUUUACUGUCGCUCAGAAAAUGAGUAGCGUCGGAGUGUGUGUACCUUUAAAAACAUAAAGAGUACCCGAUUGCUUUCCUACACUGCAAACGCCCUGUUCUUCAACAUUGGAUCAAAGUUUUCACCCUGAAGCCAUCUUUGACUUUUACUCUAUUUGAGCAGCAUGACUCCGAACCCAAAACAAAAUCGAAUCCUGAUGAUUGGGUUGUUUUUUUUGUUUUUAAUUUCUAUUAUCGCCCAGAUUCUUCAAAGAGGUAAUAUAUAUUCUCCUACUUUACAAUUUCUCCUUAUUAAGAAUAUUUUAUUAUGUCGAUUUCCUAAGAUGGCAUAUGCAAUAUAUUUUUAGACUUACUAUUUUUGGAAAAAUUAACUUGAACAAAUCAAGAAAAGGAAUAUGCAUUUUUAUUUCAUUUCAAAUCAGUUUAAAGUCAUCACAGCGUUAAUCAGAAUCAGAAUCAGAAAUACUUUAUUGAUCCCCGAGGGGAAAUUAUUUAUUUAUAAUUGAGAUUUGACCAAAUGAAAGAAAGAGGAGACUGAACGGACUCGAUGCCGUCACAUGACCUGAGGUUGUAGAUAAUGAGACACUCCCUUCCAGGCGAUUUCUAAUGAAGUGUACAUAUCUGAAUCCAGGAAGCACCGGGCACUCUUUAAACAAGCAGACAGCCAAUGCACAGUGUAGUAUUUUUGCAAGAUCUGUAAUAAUUAUAUUUAAAGUAAGAAAAAAAAAAUAUUUAAAUGGAGUAAACAAUACGAUAUAUUAAGAUUUCGAUUUAACUUAUUUGGAAAUACUGUGUCUAAUUGAUUAACUAUAUCCUGUUUCUUUGUGCUCCAGGAUAGAAAUGAAUUUCUGUUUAUUUGUAACUUAUAAGUUUAGAAAUUAAAUGGUUGAGUGGCGGUUUGUUGACAGAGAUGUAAAUGUUGUUUAGUUAAUAUCAUUUCGUUGUCAGGGGGUGGAGACCAGACCAAAGCACACCCUGGCAGACGGGAGAGCAGAAGUGGCUCGCGGAUCGCAGGCAGAUUUGAUUCCCAGAUCUGACCUGUGUGAAGAGACGACUUCCAGCUCUCCUGCCUAACCUGACUGACCUUAAGUGUGACGUUUGGGAGAAUGCCGCGGCAACAUGGUCACCUGAGCUUUUAUUGAUUCGUCCUAUUAGGGGAGAGACAGAGACAGAACACCUGAGACAGGACGGGACGUCCUCUGGGCUCCAGGUAGAAGAUCCCCUCAGGCGCUGAUCUAAGACCAGUUUCCCUUCUCUAAAUUUAGCCCAAUAUUACAGAGGGUUUUCAGUAAGGAAUUAGGGACUGUACGAAAAUUAUUGAGGAUGGGAUGGUGAGAAAAGAUGCGAUUUUUGUUAAAAGAGUAGCUUCAGUAUUUUUUAACCUGGACCUUAUUUUCCAAUGUUUAUGUGUGUAAGUGACUAAUGGGAACAACAGUUUUUGAAAUCGGUCCAGUAUUGAGCAAGAGGGCUGCAAGGGAACCACUUAGGACAUGUUCGCACUGCCAGUUAACCAAAAGUGCUUGUUUUGCAACUGACAGACUCAGAUUGUUAUUUCAAGUGUCUGACAACAUUAUGGAAAGGAUCCCUACAGAGAUAGACCUUUUUGUUAAAGAUGGAUUAUUUUUGUUUAACCAGAAACAGCCCCAAAGUCGCUGUCACCAGACUCCAUUUAAAUAACCUGUAAUUUAAGCUUGGAUAGAGGCAGCAUAUUCUUACAACUGAAUGGAUGAAUUGAGGUUUUAUUUCAACCAAACCAGAGUUGGUGGUUGUUGGAACGUUGGAAGAACAAACCAAGAUGGUUAUUAUGAGCUUAAAAUUGUUUUUGACGACUUUGAAUGAAUUGUGUUGUACGAUUAUAAAAUUACUGUUUUUUUAAAUGGAGUCUGGUGGGUUUGGUGAGAGAAAUUUCAGGGCUGUUUCUGGUUAAACAAAUAGGUUCUUACUCUUUGAAAAAAGGCCUAUCUCUGUCGGGAUCCUUUCCAUAAUGUUGUCAGACACAUAUAAUAAAAGUCUGAGCCUGUCAGUGGCAAAAACAAACACUGCAAGUGGACAUAAAUUGACGGUACACAAUUGCCCAUUGACGUUACAUUGCAGCCUGUUUCACACUGCGAGCUGCAGCCCUCUUGCUCAAUACUGGACAGUUUUUAAAAAUUGUUGCUUCCAUUAGUUACUUAGACAGAAAAAUUUAGGAAAAUAGGGUUCCAGGUUGAAAAAAUACUGAAGGUGCCCUUUAAGGGAGGGUUGUCUAUAUUUGCUGGGAAAGCAGUGGAGGGUGUUUCAACAUUUUCUCACUCCAGAAUCGUAAUUUUUUUUUAAUUAUAUCUGUCAGCACCAAAACAGUUGGCGCCUUAGUUUGUUUGCCAUAAAUGGGUUAUUUUUUAGAUAUUAAAUGGAAGGUAUUGCAGUUUUUUUAAACCGAGGGAGGGUGCAAAGACAAUAUUUAUAUUUAUGUGUAGUAAUUUUCGUACAGUCCCUUAUUUGAGUCAUUAAAGGUUCAAUGUUUUACAGUUGGCUGAGAGGAAAUUUAGGAAUUUUAAUAUGAUGCAUGGGUCGGUCAAAUUGAGGAUUUGCUGAACAGCUUCUCCCACCAUCUCACUCAGCUGGCCACCGUUGCCUUUCUCCCAGAUGUGCAUUGACGGUGUUCGUCCCCUAGAGGGCAGGAAUCCUAUGUGUGCAGAACAGUCUCAUGGCCACAUCCCAAAGCUGCUCAGCGGCUUCCUCUCCUUGUCCUCUUUCCUUGCAUCCUUAUCUUUUGGCUACUGAGAGUGAUGCAGGAGCUUCCUGGAAAAAAGGCGAUGAAGAGCGCUCAGUAAAGGGAAGCUGCCAUGAGUCAUCCUCCCAAGUGCUGGCCAGCCCUGCAGAAUAGCAUGGACUAGAUUGUAUGUUAUUAUUUAUGUGACUUAAUUUCCUAGCAGCUUUGCAUGGACACAGUUGCAUCUUUUGUUGCCAUGACAACCAGGCAUGGCCAGCACGCGGGAGGAGUGUGUGUACGUAUAGGGUGUCCACGGUGGUGUGGGGGUCAAACACUGAGUGACCUUUACUGAUGCCACACAGGAAGUGUGUUCGCUCCAUGAGUUCAAAAACAAAAACACCCGACCAGCCCGUGAGAUUCUGCUUUCUGUGUGGUCCGUAUUGAUGCUUAUUGUCAACAUAUAUUUUGAUAUAUUUGGAAAAAAACGGGGGAUAUACAGUAAAAAAAAAGUCUAGAUAUUUUUGGAGUAGAGAAGCAACGUGUGUAUCAGAUUAUUGUCACUUUGUCAUGCUCUCUGAAAAUCUCUUGGAUUUUUUGGAAGAAUUAUAUAACAUCCCUAAUGAUUUAAUGUUCCAUUGAAAGAAUAUUUAUAAAUUUUAAGUCCUUUGUGAAAA